AGGCUCCAGCGGGUGGGGAGGCUCGCCGGCCGCAGCUAGGAGGUGAAAAUCCGAUGGGCUGCUGUCUGGCCGCAAGCUCGGGCCGGGGGGCCAUCGCUCCCGGGAGCAGCGAGGGACAGGAGGAGAUAUCCACAGAUGCCGACACGCCGAGCGAGUUGGGGACCCUCCCGUCCAGGAAGUCGGCGCUCGGUGGAGGGUCGUGGAGGCCCCAGGAGCCCGUCCUGCUGGAGCUGCUAAGGGACGGCUCUGGCACGCCGAGCGACGUGUGGAUGCAGGCGAGCUUCGAGACGCAGCUGCGCAGGCUGCUGAGGGAGCACCCCUACCUGGGGCGAGGCAACUCGGUUCAGCCGCACCCGCUGCAGUAUUUGUUCGGGCGAUGCAGGGAGAUGUCCCAGGCACGGCAGUUCGGCCGCGCUCAGGGCAGCUUGCGCCGGCUCGUCUCUGGAGUGCGGGACGAGGAGGCGCUGGCCACCGAGGCUUUCCGCCGCUUCGACGCAGACCAGGCCGGAGAGCUGGACCCCACGAAGUUCAGGCACAUGUGCGCGUACCUCGGGUGGGACGCGUCGGACGAGAAGAUCUUGGACCUUGACGGGGACGGCAAGGUCACUCCGAGGGAUCUGGUGCGCUUCGUGGGGCACAUGGGCGGCGCGCGCCAGUUCUUCGAGAGGCGCCGCCAGAGAGUCUCCACGAGCCGCAAGGACGUGGAUCAUGCAGGCAUCGCGGUCGGAGCCAAAGUGAAGGCACACUUCUACGUGCAGGAGCAGAAGUCGACCAUGUGGCGUGAGGCCACCGUCUGCGAGGUCGGCGUGGCGAGGCAGGGACACGACACGACAGGGCCCUCAACGUUCGGCUGCAGACUCCUGUUCAAGUUCGGCCCUGGUGACAAGUGGAAAGUCAAGCAGGUGGUUCCGAUCCACUGGGUGUUGGGACAGGUCGACAACCCAGGGGUCAACACAGCUCUGCGGGAGACUGGUAUCCUUCAGGAGCAUCAGUCCUAUUGGAGCAUGAUCCUGCCCGACACGGAGCUCCUCACCAUGGAGCGCCUCACGGCGUGCCAGAGGCUGGCCCUCAGGAACGUCCGGGAGAGGGCCGAGCAGCGCCACGCAGAGGCUCUCGACCCCAUGCGGGCGCGCCUGAAGGGCCUGGGCUACGACGAGCACACGCUGGGGAUGGUGCUCGACUGGGUGCAGGAUUUGGCUCCCAUGGUAGUCCACGUGAAGUUGGACGACAUGGGUCGGUUCCUGGAGACCGACGAUUAUCGCAGCCAGUUCGAGACGAAGACUUCCAACGGCGCCUUGGACGAUCAGAACGUCACGAGGCAGGGUUGGGAACGGUCGCUAUUCGGCGGCGCCUACGAAAAAGCCAAGCCUUUCGAGCGCUGCAAAUACGGCGCUCUCAACGUCAUGAACGAUUACCGUGGGGUUAAGUCUGCCGAGCAGUACGGCGAUUCCUACCUCGUGCUCAAGGACGUACGUCUGAGGACAACCCUCACGUUCACUGAUUCCUCAGGCGUCAACAUCGAACACCUGGGGCUGCUAGACAAGUACGCCCACGUGCUGCAGAGGUACAGCGACGGUGAGCUGAAAUCUCUUGUGAAGGUCGCAACCGCAGCUGUGACCAGCCAGAAGAACCUCGGGCGCUCACAAGGAGAUGCCCCGCUGGAGCUCAUUUCUGGGACCACCCACGACUGCUCCAAGGAGUGGGUCACCCUCGGCUUCCCCAGGCUGCAACAGAGCUCUGGCAGGUUGUACUUUGAAGCGCACCUGACAAAAGGAUGUGUUGCAGCCCAAGUGGGACUCCUAUCGGCCGACUACAAGGCUAUGCCCUACGUGGCGAGCGCUUCAGGCGUGGGCGACGACAAGUUUGGCUGGUCAUGCGACGGCCUGAACUCUUCGUUGUGGCACGGAGGGGCCGAGAGGGCUUGGGAAGCCCAUUGGUCUUCAAAGAAGCAAGUGGGGGGAGAGAUGUGCUUGGCCGAAGACGUUGUUGUUGGCGUUGCUUUAGACCUGGCUAAACGGACCAUCUUGCUUUGUACGAACGGCAAGUGGGACGAGGCACCCGCAUUCACUUCGGAGCACAUCUCUGAAGGCAUGAAGCUCUACCCAGCGAUGUCCGUCAAAGGCGAAGCCUCGUUCUGCUUCGGCGACUUCAAGUACCCCUACAGAAUUCCAGACGUGGCCAGGUAUGCCGAGUUGGCCUAUUCGUGCGGACACCCCGUUCAUCGGCGAUUCUACAACUUGCUCGAUUUACAAAGAGAUCCAGGUGCACGGCGAGGUGCAUCUGAAGCGUAACGUGCAGCGCUUGGUGGCCAGCAGCAAGUACCGCGAACGAUCCAAGGUGAAACGGUCAUACAAUCUGCUCGUCUCGAAUGCAGGUGGUUACGACGGAACGUUCAUGCGCAUGGGCGCCCAUGAGGGUCGUGCCUUGUACAAGAGCGAAGAUGGCGCUGUGAUAUACUGGGAUCCUGCGGCCGAGCUCUGGAAAAUGAACGGUACCGAGGACUUCUCCGCGUUCGUCAGCUCGGCCCCAGCAGAUUCUACAGGCGGUCCCCCACGUCGCGGAUGGGAGGUGAGGUUCGAGAUGCGCGGUGUCGUCGACGAGGAGUGUUUCAGAUUGGCAAUGUCGGAACUCGAGCUGAGCGCCACAGACAUCGACGCUCUCGUGAAGGCGCUCGCACAAGGGGAAGGUAAAAUAUACCGAGAGACCGAGAACACAACAUUCCAGAAGGAGUGGAAGAAGCUUGGCAAAACGUCUUGUGACCCUGAAGCGGCGUGGAAGAAAGUAGUGAAAAAGGUGCAAGCCAGGCUCCUGGAGGCUGAAGGUUUUGACGGCCGCUGCCAAGUGUGCGAAUCAGAGCACCCGUACCCUGCCAAAAACUUCUCUUGGAAAAAGAAAAUAGAGAUGGAAGACUGUGGAGCCAUGCAGCUCGCUUUAUCGCCAAACUGCCAGACGUACGACAGCUGCGCGGUAUUCAGCGUCACUUGCGGCGGCAUGGACCGGAAAGCCGCCGGCCCAGGCUCGCGCGUGGAGAUGCCCAUAAAUGGGAAGGCGGUAUGUGGCACCGUCUUGGAGCGCUCGGGGGGGGGACAAAAUUGGAAGGUGCGCUUGGAUCGCCGCGCCGACAUGAUCGCAGGCGCGGCGGCCCAGAGCAAGGAGCUGGAGGUUCCCAGGUGCCCCCACGAGGAGUGCCUUAUGCGGUUCGUGAAGCCCUCUUACGCCAGCUACGGCUGCGACAUUUGCGGUGGGGGAGGCAGCGGGGAGCGCUGGCAUUGUCCACUGCACCACUCCGACUCCUGCUUGAGCUGCCAUGGGCCCCCUCUGGGGACGAGCCGCUACAGCGAGCAGUACUACUGCACUGUGGUUCGUGCAGAGCGCAAGGGCGACUCGAGCGUCUCCGUCAUGUACGACGCGCACGGCGACAUGUCAGAAGGGCAGCUGGCGGACCCCUCAGCCUCGAGGGUGUUUUGGGACUCCGGCAGUGGCGAGGCGCGGGCCACCACGUGUUUCGAGAUCAAGGCGGACCGCGAGUCGCACUGCUGCGGGACCCUCGUAU